GAGAAAUUGUGUCUCAGCAUUCACCUAUCGCUCGCUGUCAUACGCAGCGUCAAGGCUAUCCUGAGGAACAAUUGAACGAAGAUCGCGCCCAUCAUGUCCCUCGUUGUUCCUGAAGCACACCAACAGUUCCAGCACAUUCUGCGUUUGCUCAACACUAAUGUUGACGGAAAGCGGAAGAUUAUGUACGCCCUGACGGAGAUCAAGGGUGUUGGACGUCGUUACUCCAACCUUGUUUGCAAGAAGGCAGAUGUUGAUCUCAACAAGCGCGCUGGUGAAUUGAACUCUGACGAGCUUGAGCGUAUUGUCACUAUUAUCCAAAAUCCCACACAAUUCAAAAUCCCCACAUGGUUCCUGAACAGACAGAAGGACAUCGUAGACGGCAAGGACUCGCAGAUUCUUUCCAACGGUGUAGAUUCGAAGUUGCGUGAUGACCUUGAGCGAUUGAAGAAGAUUCGGGCCCACCGUGGUCUCAGGCACUUCUGGGGCCUGCGGGUGCGUGGUCAGCACACCAAAACUACUGGCCGUCGCGGGAAAACGGUCGGUGUGUCGAAGAAACGGGGUUAGACACGUGUUGUUGCAUAACCUCUCGUAUUACUCUUAUGUUAUGGGAUUGUGUCAUGCUACGGAGCCAUGCGAUAACUGGACGCAGUGGUGUGUUGUGCGAACACCCUGUUUGAUGAAGGCGUCCGUCCAGAGUCGUCAUGAUCACUAUACAUACUUCAUUUAGCACUCAUUCGCACGCAUCUUUUCUUCCUGACAACAAGUGUGAAGAACCCUCGAGCUUGAAGUCUAUUUUCUGGCUUGCAAAACAACGAACGCUGAGCAUUGAAAGGAAAUAUUAUCCGUUAACGGACAGUACAACGGACUCACCGGGUGCCCUACCUCAAUCGCAAAUCUCAAUUAUG